UCCUCCAACACAUCCUCCUCCUCCAUUAAUGUCCUUUGUCUUCCCACUAUCAUAUAUCCGCUUCAACUUUUGUGUAUAUAUAUCCCUUCCUCAAACACUACCUUCUCUUCUAUCUCAUCACACUCCUAAAGAGCAAACAUGAUCCCAACAACAAGUCUUCUCUUGGCAACUUUGAUCCUCACUGCUUCACUUGGUGGCUUGUCUGCCCGACCUGAGUCCACCGGAGCCUUCUCAGCUGAGCUCAAGCACUCAAACAACAAGAACAAAGGUGGUGGAGCUGGUGGCAAUAAUGGUGGCGGUGGCGGCAUGGGAGGGUUCUUUGGGCCCGGAGGUGGGUUUGACAUACCCGGGUUUGGAAAGGGCUUUGGAGGCGGCUAUGGUGGAGGGUACGGCGGUCCGAGCGGAGGCUCCUCCAAGGGUGGUAUCGUGAGGCCUACUCAGGUGUGCAAAGAAAAGGGUCCUUGCUUCAAUAAGAAGCUGACAUGUCCUGCUAAGUGCUUCACCUCCUACAGCCGCUCAGGGAAGGGCUACGGCGGCGGCGGCGGAGGCGGUGGGUGCACCAUCGACUGCAAGAAGUGUACUGCUUAUUGCUAGAGGAAAUAGGGCUGGUCUGUUCUUGUUAUGAUGGAACCAGUAGAUGGUAAACUAUUAGUAUAUAGAAACUAUGAGUUUGUAAUAGUUCCUAUGAGACUAUUCUAUGUAUUUACCGAGUCACUUCCUCUCUAAUCUAUUAGUUAAAUAAAGAAUUAGUUGGUAAUGGAGGGGCUUAUGGGUUUGUUUUCUAAAAGCUUUAGGGUUUGACUGGGUGUCGUGCUUCUGUUGAGAACCCAUAUAUAUGGUGAUGUGAGCUCUACUUUAUUUGA